AUGAGGGAUAUUCGAUCCCUCAUCUUCAGCAUGGAGAUAUUUUGUAAAGCAAUUUGCAGACAAUUUGACAUCAUAGCCUUAGAUCGAAAGGACAUACAUAAAAAUGGCCAAGGAAUCGAUAAUUCGAAUGGAACUCAACUGCAGAGGCAUGUGGAUGAUGUCACCGAAGCUCUGUCAAUUCCUGGUAUAAAAUCAGCUGAUUUUCAGUCAAAAUCUCAGGAUGUUGACUUGUCCUCAUCGGAACAGUGGCUGGCUGACUUUAUUCUAAGAGAAGAAGACAUGGCUUCCAUUAUUGCGAACUUGCCUUCUCCACCAUUGUUGGUCCAUGGUAAAAAGACCCUUUUCAGCACUCUUCAAAUGCUCCCUCUUUCUCCCAUUAAAGAAAGACAGAGCCGUGUUGCUGUUGUUGUGAAGGCUACUGGGGAAAGCUCUGAGUCAUCAACCUCCCUCAGCAUUGUUAAGUCUGUUCAAAACAUUUGGGAAGAUUCUGAAGAUAGGCUGGCGCUUGUUGGUUUGGGGUUUGCAGCACUGGUAGCCAUUUGGGCAUCAGCAAAUCUCUUAAUGGCCAUUGACAAGUUGCCUGUUGUCCCAAGUGCUCUAGAAUUGAUUGGCAUACUUUUUUCUGCGGUAAGUAAUUUACCUCAACUUAUGGUUUUUACGAAUGUUAGAGCAAACGAAAAGGAACUUUAA